AUGGCUGAGUCUGAGUUCAGCGCCGAUCAUUCCAAGCUGCUGGCGCUGGAGGCGGCGGCUCUGGCGGAUGUAGAACACGACGAGGAGCGGCAGCAGGUGGAGUCGCUGCUGGCACACCACAAGGUGGAGUAUGAUCGCAUCCAGGCGGCUUUCAAGCAGGCAGCGCUGGCCCAGCGCACCGCCGCGCUGCGCAGCGCAGCUGAGGAGCGGCGCGAGCUGCUGUCGGGCGCCGACGCUGCGGCGCGGCUGCGAAAGCUGCAGACCGAGGCGGACAGCGUGGCGCUGGCAGAGGAUGUGACGGGGGGCCUGCGCCGCACGCGCCAGGUGCUGGCGGAGGAGCUGGAGCACACGAGCGCCACGCUGGCGGCCAUGGAGGCCUCCCACGCCUCGCUGGCCAAGACGCGGGACGAGUACCGCGGCCAGCACGGCCAGCUCAAGCGCAGCAAGGGGCUGCUGGGCACGCUCAACUGGCAGGCAAAGUCGGAGACGUAUAUGCUGUGGUUUGGGCUCACCCUCUUUGUGCUGGUGUGUGCCUACAUCUUCCAGAAGCGGGCCGGGCACUUCAUCCCCGACCGCCUCAAGCCGGGCUCCCUGCUCAAGGCCGCCGGGCUGACGGCACGCAGCCGACCCAUGCCGGUGCCCGCGCCCACGCAGCGGCUGCGGCCCCAGGCGCCGCCGCCGCGGGGUCGCGUGCCGCCGCCGCAGCAGCCGCAAGCCGCCGUGGAGCAGCAGGCAGCCUGGGAGGAGGAGGAGGUGGAGCCAUACAUGCCGGCGCCACCCGCCCCGGUGCCUGACAAGCGCGAGGCCGCACCUGCACAUGACCAGGAGCAGGAGCUGCCGCCGUACGAGCCUUAUGAUGGGGUGGAGGUGGAGCACUCCGUGUAUGGGCCAGCAUCGGCGGUGCCACAGGAGGCGCCGCCAGCGAUGCAAGAUCCGGCGCCAGAUGUGCAGCAGGAGGCGGCGCCUGUAGCGGCGCAGGCGCAGGAGGAGCCGGCGCAAACCGAAUUCAAGCAGCAGCUGGAACCUGUGGAGCAGGUGGAGCCGGAGCAGCAGCCCGAGGCAGCUGAGGUCGCGAUGGACGGGGCAGAUGCUGAUGUGGAGCAGCUGGCUGCAGGCACAGAUCCUGCGGCAAUGCCGGCCACCCAGCCAGCAGAAUUGCAACCGGAGCACAGCAUGCCGCCAGAGGAGACAGCAGCAGAACAUCAGCAGGGGGAAGCAGGCGAGGUUCAGCAGGAGGCGGCGCCACAGGAGCCCGUGCGGCAGGAGCCUGCUUCAGCUGCAGAGGCUUCUUCGGUGGAGCAGCCGCCAGUUGCCACACAAGCUGAGGUGCACGAGCCUCCACCCUCACAGCAGGAGGCGGGCAGCGGCGCUGGCGGAGACCCAGAGUUGUUGGAUGCGCUGCCGCAGCCAGACGCCGUGAGAGGCGUGCCUCUGGAGCAGGCGCCAGACGCCGCUGCAGACGAACACGAACCUGCAGUGUGGCCCGAGGGGGCUCCAGAGUUUGACAACACCGAGCCCGGCAGCCCGGCCUACGCGGCGGCGCAUGCGGCGGCAGCGGCCGGGGACCAGCAGCCUGCCGACGGCCGCAGCAACAUCAUCCACGACAGGCAGGGCCGGCCGAUUGUGGUGGACAGAGUGGAGGAGUAUGUUCGCAACCCACACAAGCACGCGGGUGCAGCCGAUCAGCAGCAGGCGGCGGUAGGGCAGCCGGACGAGGAGCAGCCGCCCGGGGAGCAUCCUGCGGAGCCUGCCAAGCCGGCGCCGGCGGCUGCAGACGGGCAGGCCCAUGAUGAGCUGUGA